CCGCCCGGACUUUACCUCCCGGCCGGGCCCGCGCCGUUCCGGGCCAUGUGAGCCGCGGGGCCGGGCCGCGGGGCCGCACCGGCUGUGGGAUGGAGCGCAGGAAGGUCUUCGUGGCACUCGACGUGCUCUGCCUGGCGGUCGCGUCUCUGCCCUUCAUCAUCCUGACUCUGGUGAACUCCCCAUACAAGCGAGGCUUCUACUGCAACGAUGACUCCAUCCGCUACCCCUACAAGGCAGACACCAUCACCCACGGCCUCAUGGCUGGGGUCACCAUCAGCUGCACUGUUAUCAUUAUCUCAUUGGGGGAGGCGUACCUGGUCUACACUGAGCGUCUCUACUCCAAGUCAGAAUUCAACAAUUACCUGGCUGCCCUGUACAAGGUGGUUGGGACCUUUCUCUUCGGGGGGGCCAUCAGCCAAUCUCUGACUGACCUGGCCAAAUACAUGAUCGGCCGUCUCCGGCCAAACUUCCUGGCUGUCUGCAAUCCUGACUGGUCCAAGGUGAACUGCUCCAUCUAUGUGCAGCUGGAGAAUGUCUGCCAGGGAGAGAGCAGGAACAUCACCGAGUCCAGAUUGUCCUUCUACUCGGGACAUUCUUCCUUUGGGAUGUACUGCAUGAUGUUCCUGGCGCUCUACGUGCAGGCCCGGCUGGUGGGGAAGUGGGCCCGGUUGCUGCGUCCCACCAUCCAAUUCUUCCUCAUCGCCUUUGCCAUCUACGUGGGCUACACCAGAGUGUCCGACUACAAGCACCACUGGAGCGACGUGCUGGUGGGGCUGCUGCAGGGGGCUCUCAUUGCCGUCCUCAUUGUCCACUACGUCUCUGACUUCUUCAAGCACCGUCCCCCACGGCAGUGUGAGGAGAAGGACCCGGAGCGCAAGCCCAGCCUGCCCCUCACCCUGAGCGACCCCGACCACAAUCACUACAGCUACCGGGGUGCCCCGUGAACCCGGACUGCACACCUGCCCCUUGCCGUGCUCCUGGCACCGGGGAUAGGGACACUGGCUCUCUAUUAACCAUUGGCUCCACGGCUCUGGUGCCUCUGGCUGACACAAGUGGGACAGCCCUGCCUGCUCCCACUCCCACAGUGCCACUCCGCCUGGCUCCCCGUGCCCGUGGUGCUGCCGGUACCUGGUGAUGCCAGCGCCCUGCCCGUGGGAAGGGGAUGUCCUCACCCCCUGUGCGUCUGAGCCACGCCCCAAGGCUGCUGUCCCAGCCCUCCGUGCGGAGGAAGGGAGGGAAGGAGGGAGGGAGGGGAGGGUGGCACGUGGGGGUGGAUUUAUUGGGCUGGCAAAGCACACUGAGCGAAGAGCAAACUCCUUGGGAAGUCUGAGAUUGCCUGGGCCGAGUGUGUGUUGUCCCUGUCAAAUUAUCCAGCCAUACAAGUACAAAUCCUCACAGGCGCAGAGGGAAGAGGACAGCUGCUGGGCUAGCUAUACUUUUUUGGAAAGGAUUAAAGCAAUCCAGAGCUCUUCUCUGCUCCAUUGAUUACCUUUAAGAGCAAUGCUGCCCGCCAGCAGCUGCUGUGAGCAAAGGAUGCCUGGCCAGGCUCUUCUCUGGCUGUGCCCAAUUCUGCAGUGCUGGGAGCCAGAGCUCUUUGCUCCCUGCCUGCUUCACGCCUGGCUUGGGCAAAGGGAUGCUCCAGCCUUUGUCCCUCCUGCAGCUUCAGCUGAUGCUUUAGGGUGUGUGGUGGGGCUAGGGAGACAUUUUCUGUGGUAAAGGAAAAUAAAUGGGGAUGUGGAGCUGUCCAAAUGUCCUGGGAAUGUGGGAGCAAUGGGUACAGAGCAGUCCCAUCACUGACACGUGGCUGCCUCCAGCACUGGAGUGCUGUGGGUCUCUUUUUAAAAUACAUGCAUUUUCAUUCUGA